UUGAUAGACUCAUGGCUCGGCUCUCAUCGCCCUGCCCUCAUCUCUACCUAACCUAGCCACCCACAACGGUUUCAAUCAGCACACCAUGUACGGAGGCAGACAGACAGACAGACAGACAGUGUCAUGACGCAUAGUCCAUCUCCACCUCCACGGCUUUCUCCUCCUUCACCGCUGCCGGCGGCCUCUCCUUCUCCCCCACCUCCCUCUCCUCCCCCCGCCUCUUUGCUGCUGCCUUUGCCUCCGCCUCGCCCGCCCUCGGCAGGUCCCGGAGGUCGGCAAAUUCUUUCGAGUUCAUGAUCAUGUCAUAGAAAAUCUCCCAGUCGAGGACGUCCCCCACGUUGACGAGGAAGUAGGGCUUCACCCCCGUGCAAAUGUCGUCCUCAUUCUUGGCGUGCUGCACCAGCCUGGCCACAAACGCAUCCCGAGUGCAGACCGUGUCGGAGCCGUCAGAGAAGAACCGAAAGACGCGCCGGACGAUGUCGGGGUCCAGGGGAGCGGCUGUGAGGGCCUCGUUGAUCCGCCUGCGGAUCUCGACGGGGCUCUUGAUGUCGGGGAACUCACUCCUGAGCUCGGUGUAGACCUCGUGUGUCUGGAGCAGCGGCCCGCCCGCUCGGUUGAGAGGCCACUUGAACUUGAGGUCGUUGAGAUUGCUCUCAAAGGUUGGGUACUUGAUGGCGUCGAGGCCGCCGUCGAAGAGGUAGGCAUCCCACCGGGGCAGCGGGCGGUCAGGCAGCGACACCCACGUUGAGAAGGCCUCACCCGAACCCGCAGCGGCAUGCUCAGAGAUGCGGCCGAACACACCUAUCAGCGUACGCACCUGCACACACACAUACAACAAACAAAGCAGACACACAGGCGACCACGCCCACAGUGUAUAUGCAGUGCUCCAAACCAGGCAGACCACAUCUGCACGGGACAUCUCCUCACCAAAUGUGUGUGUGUCGGCGGUGCCGCAAAAGCAUCUCUCGCCGCAAAUGGUCCUCUCUGCAGCCCUCGCCGUGACGAGGCCGCAUCGCUGUGAGCACAAGCUGGCAGCUGGGACGGACAGAGCUGGGAGCUGCGAGAUCCCGCAGACCUUAUUCCAACGCUUGUGAUUGUUUGUAUCAGCCAGGCGGCUGAACAGAUGAACCGCAGCGACGCAGGGAUGAUACUCGCCUUCAUUCUCUG